AGUUUGACGCAAUAUAUUCCAAACACUUUACUCUUUAUAAAUAUAUAUGUUAACCCAAAUACAAAGAAAAAUCUAGUUACUAAGUCCAAAACCAAACUGUAAUGUCUGAUAAAAAGUUAUCAGAUGUAAAUACUAUCAAAGAGUACGAAAAGAUGAUUUUGGCAGGACCGGCCGAUUUUCAAACAGCGAUAGCGGCCUCUGGUUUUGGCAAGUUUAACAUAGUGCUGUUGCUACUGUUUAUACCUUUAGGAUGGACGCUGCAUUUUGAGGCUCUGCUAAUAUCAUUUGUCGUACCAGCAGCAUCAUGCGAUCUCAACAUGACACCUUACCAAAAGGGUGUGCUAAACUCUAUGUCCUUUUUCGGUAUGGCUGCUACCGGUUUGGUUUGGGGCUUUCUACUUGACACGCUUGGAAGGAGGAAAGUGAUGCUCUAUGGUUACAUAAUAGAAUCUCUAGCCGUGAUUGGAGCUGGUUUGUCAUCAAAUUUCUAUCUCUUGUCUGCAUUUAAAUUUCUAGGGGGGGCCAUAGCAGGCGGUGCCUACGUAGGUUUAAGCACAUACUUGCACGAGUUCCAUGGUACUAAAUAUCGCAGUAAAGUUCAAAUGAUACUCGCAUCUGUAUACGCAAGUGGCAGUAUAGUCAUGCCGUUAUUGGCAUCGGCGAUUUUGCCACUUAAAAUUCAGUUUAAAUGGUAUUUCAUUGAACUGCACUCUUGGAAUGUGUUGAUUCUUGUCACAGCAAGCUUGCCAAUCAUGUCUGUACUUGCUAUAGCAUUUCUGCCCGAAACGCCUAUUUAUUUAAUGUCUUCAGGAGAUAAUGAUGGAGCAAUGGACAUAUUCAGGACUAUUUACUACAUUAACACCGGAAAAAGGAAAGAAAGUUAUCCGAUCCAACAACUGAUUGAAGAAAUUCAAGAAAACAAAGAACAAAUCUUAAAAGAAUCUCGAUGGCAACGCUUAAAAUCAAGCAUACAACAAGUAGCACCAUUGUAUGGCAGCAAACAUAGAAACAAGUUAAUUUUGGCUUGUGCUAUUCAAGGUCUAAUACAACUAGUAAUUAAUGUUAUAUAUGUGAUCAUGCCUCAAAUAUUCCAAGCCACUCACGAAUAUCAACAUUUACAUAAUGGUACCGACAGCACUUUAUGUAACGUUUUGGAUUUACUACGAUCUCCCAAUGUCACUGAAGAAAUAGUUGAAUGCUCGCCGAAUCUAGACAGCAGUUUUACAGUAUACCUGAGUGCAAUGAUAAUGGUAUCUGUAUCAGUUGCAGGUUACGCUUUUGCUGGAACUGUAAUAAAUUUCACUGGACGGAAAAAGUUCCUAUACGUGAUGGGUUUCGCCUCAGCAAUAGUUGGCAACUGCAUGUAUUUUUCCAAUAGUGAAACUACAACUCUGAUCUUGAGUUCUUUAUAUUUAGCAACAGCAAACCUUUGUUUCGAUACCGUUGUAACUGAUAUCGUCGUAAUAUUUCCUACAUCUUUAAGAGCUAUGGCACUUUCGAUGUCAAACUUGACUGGCAGAGCGUUAACAGUGGUGGGUAGCACGUUAUUUCCAUUUUUAGUGGAAUUAGGCUGUGCUCCUCCAUUUGUAACGUAUGGAUGUCUAAUAUUAGCUGCAAUCUUACUGAGCAUUCUCGUUCCUAGCACUGACAACAUGGACAUAAAAUAAUGAAAAUAAAGAUUUUACAACAACCCAAUAUACA